CGCCAUACCUCCUCUUCUUUGCCCGUCCCCGCUCUGCUCGCUUCCAUGCGUCACUUUACUUCCCGUACUGAGGUCAUGUCAGUCAAAUGCCAAUGCCAACGCCAACGCCAACGCCAACGCCAACGCCAACGCCAACGCCAAACGUCUAGAAAGAGUCGGUGAAGCGAAAAGCGCCGCGAGGCAUGUAAGAACCCAAGAAAAAAACCCCAUGCCAGCCGGUGCUCGCCCCUCUCUCCACUUCCGGGCGUACUCUGUAUGUGUAUGUACGCACUUCCGUGCCAUGUAUGUGUACGGAUACGGAUAUUUCAACAGGACACACCGACGGCUUUUGCGUAUACCCGGCCAUUUGCUGGCCAUUUGCUGGGCAUGGGCAUGGGCAUGGGGAAAGGAUUGGAGUCAUGGAGCCCGUGCAGAGAGGAUGCACCUCGUCCCGCUGCCAAGUCUCGUCGCUGGGGGCUCACGGUUCACAAGACUGUCUUCUCGACGAGUUGUUCGUACACUUCCUCCCCGAUGUAAAGAACGGGCAGAAGUCUUUCUACGUUGUAGUUCUCUUUGCAUGGGAUUAUGGGGCCGUUUCCCGGCUACGAAGACGAGCCGUCCUUCACCGACAGCCUCGAUUAAACUUCUCACUUCUGCAGACAUAUUCCACAUCCCGACGUCUCCACUGGGUGGUAGUCCCCCCACAGGUUGUCUCUAGUGCCACAGGUUGUCUCUAGUGCCACAGGUUGUCUCUAGUGCCGAUAUCACCGUAUCGUUUGUCGGGGGGAGGCGGGGAGAGGGGGGGAGUAAAUAAGCGAAGACGCGAAGGGCCGAAGGGUGCUAAAAUAUUCGCAAAAAAAGGGCUGUAGCGCAUCACUAGAGUCGAAGUCAGGAAAUGGUUCCGUUGCUAUUUCGGUUGUCGUUUGCUAUACAUAUUAUAGUACAGUUGGCAUU